UUUAUUUAUAAUAAUAAUAAACAGCCUCCUCUCUUUAAAAAAAAUUGUACUCUCCUCCCUUUCGCUGUUGUUGUUCUUCUUCUCUCUCCUCUUUCUCUCGUGAACCCAAGUAUACUAUCACACACUCUGCACUUUUCUUCCCCUUUUCAUGGAUGCUUUCGUUCUUUAUCACUGUUCUCGAAGGUAUGUACAACUUGUUUGAGCUGAUUUGGUGUGAUAUUAUAAUUUUUAGUUAAUUGGUUGUCAGAUUUUCAAUUAAGCUUAGGAGAAGUAUAUAAAUAUUGGGAAUUUGUUGAUUUUGGGUUAAUUAGUUGUGGAGGGAAGUGGGCAUGGUAGGUAAAGAGGAUGAAGCUAGUUCAUGGGGUCAGUAUCAAGUUUGCAAUAAUGCCCCCAAAAAAUUUUGGAGGUCAGCUUCAUGGUCGGCAUCUAGAACUGCUGGCCAUAACCCUGAUAUUGAUGAUAAUGAUAAUGUAGAUCCAAAUGGAAACUCUGGGAGUAACGGAAUACAAGCACGAAGGUUCCCUGCUCCGUUAACUCCUCGUUCCCAACAAAAUUGUAAAGCUAGAUCGUGUUUGCCCCCACUGCAGCCACUCGCCAUUGCUCGAAGGAGCUUGGAUGAGUGGCCGAAGGCUGGCUCAGAUGAUAUAGGAGAGUGGCCGGGACCACCCACUCCUAGUGGUAGGGAUGUGAUUAAAGGUUCGGAAAGGUUGAAGCUUGAUAUGUCUGCUAUUCAGACGAAUUCGGAGAGGAAUGGGGGUUAUGUUAAGAAAGACAAGAUUGCAUUCUUUGACAAAGAAUGUUCUAAGGUGGCAGAUCACAUUUAUCUUGGAGGUGAUGCUGUUGCUAAGGAUAGGAAUAUUUUGAAGAAGAAUGAGAUUACCCAUGUGCUCAAUUGUGUGGGUUUUGUUUGCCCCGAGUAUUUUAAAGCCGACUUUGUUUAUAGAACACUGUGGCUUCAGGAUAGUCCUUCAGAAGAUAUUACUAGCAUACUCUAUGAUGUCUUUGAUUAUUUUGAAGAUGUCCGGGAGCAGAAAGGGAAGGUCUUCGUUCAUUGUUGUCAAGGUGUAUCUCGAUCUACUUCGCUGGUGAUUGCAUAUCUUAUGUGGAGGGAGGGGCAGAGCUUUGAUGAUGCAUUUCAGUAUGUGAAAGAAGCUAGGGGUAUUGCUGAUCCAAAUAUGGGGUUUGCUUGCCAACUGCUGCAAUGCCAGAAAAGAGUCCAUGCUUUUCCUCUCAGUCCAAGUUCAUUAUUAAGAGUAUACAGGAUUGCUCCCCAUUCUCCAUAUGACCCUUUACAUCUUGUUCCAAAAAUGUUAAACGAUUUGUCUCCUUCAGCCCUUGAUUCCCGAGGUGCCUUUAUUGUACAAGUGUCUUCUGCAAUUUAUGUUUGGCUGGGCAAGAAUUGUGAAGUUAUAAUGGAGAGGGAGGCAAGAGGUGCCGUGACUCAAAUUGUGCGGUAUGAAAGGGUGCAGGUGCCUGUCCUUGUAAUUAAGGAAGGUGAGGAGCCAUCCUUUUUUUGGGAUAUCUUCUCUGAUUUUGUGAUGGACAAAUCUGCUAGUGAAGUAAAGCAUGGAGAGGCUAAAAUUCAGCCUGGUGAGAGGAAAGUAGCUUCUUAUGAUGUGGAUUUUGAGAUCUUUCAAAAGGCAAUUAAAGGGGGGUUUGUGCCACCCGUCACAUCAUCAGAGACUGAAUAUGAAACACAUCUGCCUGCACGAGAGAAUAGCUGGAGUGUGUUGAGACGCAAGUUUGCCUCAGGACAUAUGAAGGAGUUUGUCUUAGCUCCAAAACUGGUUCUCAAUAAACUUCACUCCGAUUCUAAGCUCAAUAAUUAUGGUGAAAGCAUUGUUUCCAGUAACUCACGUAAGUCUGAUGUUACAUUGGUGCCCUCAAUGUCCUCGUCUCCUUCCUCCUUGUCAUCACCAUCUUUAUCAUCUUUGUCAUCAUCACCUUAUCUAUCUCCAGAAUCUAUCUCCUCUGAUUCAAGUAAUAACUCAAAGUGUUCCUCUGAGUCUCCUUUAGAGUCACCCUUGUCACUAUCAUCAGCUAUAUCAGCAUUUUCUAACAUGUCUCUGCUCUCUUCUAAAACUUCUACAAAUGUAUCUAACCAUCCAGGCUAUAUUGAGGUUAACUUUGGUUCAAAUCCUUUAAGGUCCACUAACUUACCUUCCAGAAGGUCACCUCUGUCAAUUGCAGAGCGUAGGGGUAGCUUAACCAGGUGCCUGACUUUGCCAAAUGUAGUUGGUGAUGGAAGGAUGCAAGAAUCUCCCCAAGAGUUUUUUGCCAACAAACAAGAUGAUAGCGUAAAUUAUAAUACCUGCAUAUCAUUUGAGCUGGAUAAGGGAGGAAUGAUUGCAGCUAGCAAGAAUGAAUCUUUUGAAAAAGAUCUUGAUUCUGAUAAAGUAGCAAGCCAGAGUAGCUCACAUGUAAAGGAAUUUGCUUUAGCAAGUGUUUGUAAUAACAUUAGAGAAAACUCUACCCCAUGUGUUACUGCAGGAGUUGUGGCGGUGGUUUCCACAAAGUGUGAUAUCAAGCUGCCUUCUGUUUACCGCUUACCAGAUCUAGAGAAAGUAUCAGUUUCAGAAAUAUGUGAACUUGAUUCUAGUUCAGCGUUUAUUGUCAUUGCUCCAGAGAGAGUUUCAUGCCCCAUCAAUGAUUCAAAUAUCUAUCUUUGGGUUGGCAAGUCUUCCAAAUUUGGUCAAAGUCAAGUUCAUGCACAUAGGAAAGUAGGUGGUGUAGAUUUAACUGACUUGGAGCAAGCUGGUUCUGAUGUUCUAUCUCGCAUGGGUCUCCCCGAAACCACCGACAUUAAGAUUAUCAGAGAAGGAGAAGAACCAGCAGGAUUCCUUGAAAGUUUGAGUACAUUGUAGCAGACUAGCAGUACACUAACUAGGGAAGAUUCUUCUCAUCCGUUGUACGAAGUAACUUCGUUAAACAGAUUAUAAGUGAAGAAAGAACUAUUGCCUUACAAAGCUUUUGAGCCUGCAGUGGCCAGGAUGGGUGUUUGUACAGACUACAUCCAUUUGACGACAUUCAAAACUGCCAUUAAGAAUUUCUUCAGAUACUGAUGUAAUAGAAGCGCCUUGUAUAUUCAGAAUUACUUAUUAGUAAGGUGCUAAAUGCAAAAGUUAUUUGUGCCAAAACUUUCCUAUCAUUUUUUGUCAUUGCAUUACUCUUUGGUCUUUCAUCAUGUCUGGCACACAUCAGCAAAUUUAUAAAAUGGCGAUUGGGUGUUAAUAGUGUAAAA